AUGGACGCGGCGAAUCUGAAGCUCGCGGAGGGGCUGGUGUCGCCGUCGUACGUGCGACAGGGCGCUCAGUCGCUCGCGCAGCGACACAACAUGGUGAGGAGCCUGUUAUCGCAGAGGAAGCUCCCAAGGGACGGCUGGGAUGACGACACGAUCGAGUUGCUGCUCAAGGACCUGUCACUGAUGGACAGCAGCGGGUUCAAGGGGGGCGUGGGCAUGGGGGAGAGGGAGGCGCGCUGUGCAAGCGGGCUGGUGAAGCGGAGGCACUACGGCAUGACGCAUGGCAUGGGGCGAUCGGGGAACAUUGCAGACGAGCAGCCUAAGGUGGGUCUCAAGAUUGCUGCUCUCUCUGCAGCGGGGUCAACACUCGCAUGCCGCCUCACCAAUCUGAUUGUCAAGGAUGCCCUCUCCCUCGCAGGCCUCAAAGACAUAUCAGCAGCGACGGUGCUGCCAGUGGCAACGGGCAUGGCUCUCACUCUCACCCUCCUUGCUCUCAAAGCCAGCAGACCCGCCGCACAGUACGUGCUAUGGUCGCGCAUUGACCAGAAGACAUGCCUCAAGUGCAUCCUCACAGCCGGCCUCACUCCCGUGGUGGUUCCCCUGCAUAAGCAGGGAGACCAACUGUGGACGGACCUUGCAGCCAUGGAACAAGAGAUCCACUCCCGAGGAGCGGACAGCAUUCUCUGCGUCCUAUCCACCACCUCCUGCUUCGCUCCCAGAGCCCCUGAUAACGUUGAGGCCAUUGCUCGACUGUGCCACCGCCUCUCCAUCCCGCACGUCAUCAACAACGCAUACGGCGUGCAGAGCGCAGCCAUUAGUGCUGCCAUCACACGCGCGUGGAGGAGGGGGCGGGUGGAUGCGGUGGUGCAGAGCACCGAUAAGAACUUUCUUGUGCCGGUCGGUGGGGCUGUUGUUGCCGCUGGUCCUGGGCGGUCAACACUGGUCAAUGCAGUCAACGCCUCGUACCCCGGCCGGGCGUCCAUCUCGCCCAUCCUAGACGUCCUCAUAACCCUCCUCUCCCUGGGGGCGAGCGGGUGGCAGGCGCUGCUGCAGGGGCGAGAGCAACUCUUCCCUUACCUGAGGGAGAAGAUGCGAGGGGUGGCAGAGAGGCAUGUUGCCGGCACUGCCUGGAUGGGAGUGGCUGUUCGCCUGGGAGAGGAUGGCGCUGAUGCAGGAGCGGGAGCAGCUCUUCCCUUACCUGCGCGAGCAGAUGCAAGGAGUGGCAGAGAGGCAUGUAAGGCCUCCGCAGCUCCUUACCUGAGGGAGAAGAUGCAAGGGGUGGCAGAGAGGCUUGGAGAGAGGCUGCUGCAGUCGCCACACAACCCCAUCUCCCUAGCCAUCUCCCUCUCCUCCCUCAUCAAAUGUCACCUUUUCCCUGUCACACCUCCUCGUAUAACCUCCCCCUCCCUUGUGCUAAAACUUAUCUCUACAGGAGAGCGGCUGCUGCAGUCGCCAGACAACCCCAUCUCCCUCUCCUUCCUUACUAGAUCUCACCUCCCCCACGUAUCACCUCCUCCUCCCCCUUAUCUCUACAGGAGAGCGGCUGCUGCAGUCACCAGACAGUCCCAUCUCCCUAGCCAUAUCCCCAUCCUCCCUCAUCAAAUAUCACCACCCCCACAUAUCACCUCCCCCUCCCCUGACAGGAGAGCGGCUGCUGCAGUCGCCAGACAACCCCAUUUCCCUAGCCAUCUCCCUCUCUUCCCUCGUCCCCGCUCACGCACGUGCUGA